UUUGUAGCUAUGACUCCUGCAGGAGAGAUAUACAGUACGUAUAGUGGACCCUGACAGUUAUGGUGCUCUGUUUCACAGGUCGAGGAGGAUUAACUUUAACGAAGUGCGCUACACCACACUCAAUGAGUGUGACUUUAUCUACAACAUACCUGCUGGACGAAUGGUGAUUGAUGAGGAAACGGGCAGGAUGAUAUUCACUUACGCUUGGCUUUACUUCAUGUCCCGGUCUUUUGAGAUUCCUAUUGGAAGUAUUACCCAGUAUAAGUUACUGGAGGAUGAGGAGGAAGAUUCCCAUCCUUUCUACAGAACAGCUAUAAACUUUAACUGUUACAAGACCAGUCACCGCAUCGUGGAAAUAAGAUACAACGAAGGUCCAAUAUCUAAACGUGCUACAAUCAAGAUAAAGAAUUACAAUCACAUAAUCAAGGGAAUUGAGAAUUAUUUGAUCGGAGUACGGUACUCGUAGUACCGCUGUCUAGUAGCUGGAAUAACAUGACCCAUGUUGCUGCCAGGUUGACAACCCGAGAUUUAGAUUGUUUGUUGAGAUAGUGGAUGUUGUUGAAUCUACAUAUUGUUCAUUUAUUUUGGGAGAUCGUUUCAACCGGAUCAAUUUGAAAUUAUUAAUUUGGUGAUUUAAUCUAACCCAUGCAAUGUGUGUCUCAUAUCCGCGUAGUGAAAAGCGGGGAGGUGUUUAAUAGUACAGGGGAGGUGUCUAAUAGUACACCCCCCUAAUAGUACUUAGUAUUACUAAUAGUACUAAGUACGGGUUGAGCAAGUUUUACGAUAAUCAAUUGUUUUUACUCUGAGUUUAUGAUCUAUUUAUAUAUUUUAUUGGUUACUCAAUUAUUAUGUUGAUAAGUGAGUAUGUCUGCUAUUCAUCGAAUUUCUUGUCCAAUAAAAUAAUAUUAAUUGUUUAUAGUUGAAAUUUUUAAUGAUCUAGGAACACUUGACGGUAUAGUUUUAAUUUUGAUUAAGAAAAUUAAUCUGAAAGAAUGUGUUUAUCUUGAAAAUGAAAAUUAAGUUAUUAAAACUACUGUCUUAUUGUUUAUCAUAAUUAAUAAGUGUUUAACUUGAAUUACAGAUUGGGAACGUUCCUAGUAACAACUCACAACUACCUGCAGAAGUGUCUACCUAGAAAAAAGAUGAUUUUGCAAAAAAUGUGAUUUAUGCUUUUUAAAAAUGCCUUAUGAAUAUUAUUAUUUACUAUGUCAUAUCGUUCGUAUCGGAACUGGAUACAAAGUUACUACUGUUACCAUGGUUAACACAGACGACACAUGUUUUGGGAGUAGCCCUUACAUAUUGAUAUACCACUCGGGCACUCGAUGUUUUGAAAGUUACAUCCUUCAAAGAGCCCAUGCACAACGAUGUUUUGUGUGUAAAAUCUCGCAAUGCUGUGUUUUUAUUUAUUUAAAUAAACCUGUUAAAUUUACAAACCUUUUAAAGU